AUGGAAUCUCCUCCUUCCAGCUCAACUUGGUCAGAAGCAUUCAUUUUGAGCGACGAUAGUGGAUUGCUUCUAACUACUGGAUCAGCAUCAAGUGGAGAGAAUCGGAAUGGACGAAAACAUUUUCUUUUCGAGGAUAGUGAUUGUGAAGAAAGAUCUCUUUCCCAAGAUGAUUCUUUGGAUGGUAUGUCUGACAUUAUUUGUGGUGAGAACUUCAAUACCUUGAAAAAAGGUUCCCAUUGGACUGACAUAACUUGCAAACACUCCUCACCCAUAGAACCACCUCUGGAAUUCCAAGACAGUCCCAAGACUUCAAUGCUGGAGUUUUUUUGUGACAAAUUAGCAGCUCAAAUCAUAAGAAAAGCUAUUCAUGAAUUCAAAGAAGCAGAGCUGAGAAAACUGAGGAUACUGAGUCACUUCCAUCUACAUAAGCUCUUCAUGCCAUUCAGUCCUUGCCAUAUUGGUAGACCAAGCUCAAGGAGCUCCUUGGGGUCUUCCAGACUGUCCAGCUCCCACAACUCCCUAUCAAUUCCAACUUGCCACAGAGUGGAUGAUUCCACCUUCAUCACACAAGCAGUUUCACAUGAUACUCUAUCUUCCAAUCAGAUCAGUGACUUGUACAAUGUUCCUUUUGAUAGUGACAUGUAUGCAGUGCCUGUUGAUGUUGUAAAGCCUCUGAUAAAGCCUAAAUGUGUGCAGCUGAGUAGGAAGAAGAGGAGAAAUACUGCCUCUGGGUGCAGGGAGCUGGAGGGUAGGCAUUAUAUGGUAGGCAAAAAGUCAGCUGUGAAAAUUGAAAAGCCACUGCAAAUCGACACGAAACGCCACAGCGUGGCAGGCACUUCGUCUCCUUGCCAAGGGGAACCGAUCCACAUGACCCUCCAAGAAGUGCGCCAGUACUUGCAAACCCUUUACUCCAGCUCCUCGGACUCCUCCGACAUUCCCGACAACAACUACAAACCGAAAACCGCCAUCUUGCUAACGAACAACAACAACAACAAUAAGUAUCCAGUGGCCGCCGGUAAAUUGGACCUACCGCCGAUGACGCGUUCGAAAAAGAACACUUUUCUGAUCAACAUCAAGAACAAGAAAGUCAAGGACUCCUGCGACCACAUCGGCAAACAGAUUGACACGUCUCCGACGAAGAAGGACGAGAAGAAGCGCAAACACCCGGCCAGGAUCUUCUCCCUCAAACAGACCUUGUGCAACAUGUUCAGAUUCCGGAGGUUCUUGUCCCCCGAGGCCGUCAAAAUGGAGGCGAACGAAAAGGGGGGCGAGACGCUCGUGAACAUCACCGGCAGAGCGCUGCCCCCCCUGCCGAAGAAAGAGGGGGGAAAGGGGGUGCCAGACGAAGAGACGGUGAUGGAUUUUGCGACCAGCAUACAACGAGUCAAAGAUUACGGUUGGUACUGGGGACCGAUAUCUAGCGAGGCAGCUGAAAAAAUCCUUUCCAACGAACCGGACGGUUCCUUCAUCGUGCGUGAUAGUAGUGACGAUCAUUACAUAUUCUCCUUAACAUUCAAAUUAAACGAUUGCGUUAGACAUGUUAGGAUAGAUCAUGAUCAGGGUAAUUUUAGUUUUGGGAGCUGUACAAAGUUCAAGUCGCAGACCAUAGUGGAGUUUAUAGAGAAUGCAGUGGAGCAUUCGCGUAGCGGCAGAUAUCUUUUUUUCCUGCAUAGGCGGCCGGUUAUCGGACCGGUUAGGGUUCAACUGUUGCACCCGGUGUCUCGAUUCAAGCAGGUCCAAAGUUUGCAGCACAUGUGCCGGUUCGUGAUCCACAAAAACGUUAGAAGAGACUUGAUCCCCGGCCUGCCGUUGCCCAGGCGCAUGAUCGACUAUCUGAACACCCCAUAUUACUAUUCCGAGCACUUCGUCGAAGUCUCGGAAGACGACCCCGUACCGUCCGCCCCCACCCUAAAUCAGCAAGACGUCCGAACGGCCGCUGACCGCAAUCUCUAUCCUGAUGUACCUGUUAGUGAUUAUUUAGUUAUGAGACAGAACGACGAUUAGUGAUCUUGGUGACAAAACGACGAUUAGUGAUCUUGGUGGCGAAAAUAUAUAUGGUGCCAUUCCUAAGGAACGCUCACCGUAUUGUGUACUUUUCACACUGUGGUGUACUUUUACACCCUGUGGUGUACUUUUCGCACAUUAUGGUGUACUUUUACACCGUAUGGUACACUUUAUGGAGUACUGUUAA